UUUUUUUCUGAAACUACAUGAACAAACCGCCCACAUAGGCACAGUCCAGUAGGCUGGUACUUUACCCUGGGUCAGAUUCAAACACCAACUUCUGGAAAAGCGGGACUCAACCGAACAGACAUGGCAGAACUAACUCAUAUGAUCGACAGCGAGGUGUUCCUGGCCUUCUCUACCUACGCCACUAUCGUCGUCCUCAAGAUGAUGCUAAUGUCUCCUAUGACUGGAUACUUCAGACUCACCAGAAAGGCAUUUGCUAACCAGGAGGACACCAGUCUGGUCUCCUCUACAGAGGACAAGAAGAAGAUGGUCAGGGUGGAUCCUGAUGUGGAGAGAGUACGAAGAUGCCACCAGAACGACCUGGAGAACAUCAUUCCGUUCGUAGUGAUUGGUCUGCUGUAUACCCUGACGGGGCCAGACCUCUCCACUGCUCUGCUCCACUUCCGGGUGUUUGUUGGUUCCAGGCUCUUCCACACGGUGGCCUACGUCCUCCCCCUGCGCCAGCCCAGCAGAGCUGUGGCCUUCCUCAUCGGACUGGUCACCACCAGCUCUAUGGCCUAUAGGGUCCUGAUUAUAGCACUUUAUCUGUAGAGGCCUGAGGACACACACACACACACACACACACACACACACACACACACACACACACACACACACACACACACACACACACACACACACACACACACACACACACACACACACACACCACUACAAGGGCCCUGUCUUUGAGGGUCUCCAUUGAAUGUGCUUGAGGAUACAUCUACGUUUAUCAUUAGAAAGUAUGAUGGACACCAAAGCUGUUCCUUCUGUGUCUCUGAUAGGAUUAUAACAGGAUGUUACUGCAGUACAUAUCAGAAUGUUCCUUCUGUGUCUCUGAUAGGAUUAUAACAGGAUGUUACUGCAGUACAUAUCAGAAUGUUCCUUCUGUGUCUCUGACAGGAUUAUAACAGGAUGUUACUGCAGUACAUAUCAGAAUGUUCCUUCUGUGUCUCUGAUAGGAUUAUAACAGGAUGUUACUGCAGUACAUAUCAGAAUGUUCCUUCUGUGUCUCUGACAGGAUUAUAACAGGAUGUUACUGCAGUACAUAUCAGAAUGUUCCUUCUGUGUCUCUGAUAGGAUUAUAACAGGAUGUUACUGCAGUACAUAUCAGAAUGUUCCUUCUGUGUCUCUGAUAGGAUUAUAACAGGAUGUUACUGCAGUACAUAUCAGAAUGUUCCUUCUGUGUCUCUGAUAGGAUUAUAACAGGAUGUUACUGCAGUACAUAUCAGAAUGUUCCUUCUGUGUCUCUGAUAGGAUUAUAACAGGAUGUUACUGCAGUACAUAUCAGAAUGUUCCUUCUGUGUCUCUGACAGGAUUAUAACAGGAUGUUACUGCAGUACAUAUCAGAAUGUUCCUUCUGUGUGUCUGAUAGGAUUAUAACAGGAUGUUACUGCAGUACAUAUCAGAAUGUUCCUUCUGUGUGUCUGAUAGGAUUAUAACAGGAUGUUACUGCAGUACAUAUCAGAAUGUUCCUUCUGUGUCUCUGAUAGGAUUAUAACAGGAUGUUACUGCAGUACAACAGUACCUUAUUUUCCACUAGAAAUUGGAGGCCACUCAGGGACAAUCUAACGUUGAUGAAUAGUGCCGAGCCCUCUAAGAGUAAAACCCAGAUUCCAGCCUGUGUUGAGUCUCAUUCUCUAUUAGAAGCAACAGGGGUGUUGAGGUCAGUCAGUUCAGAAAAUUGUUUUGAAAUUCAGGAGUUUAAUUUGGUUCUUUAAUGUCUAUGUGGGAUUUUUCAAUACCUUUAGUUGGUUCCUUCUAGUCAUUUUAUGAAUCAACUGAACUUGAAGCAGAAUUGACCCAACAACCUGUUGCGUCCAAAAUGGCACCUUAUUCAAAAAAGUUGUGGAUUUAUAGUCCCAUAGGGCUCUGGUUAAAAGUAGUGCCCUAUAUAAGGAAUAGGGUUCCAUUUGGGACUCAUACCCUGAUUACAUGCCAGUAUCUGAAUGUAAUAGUUUGUGAGAUAAGUGUUUGUACUGCCAAUUGUUAAAUAUAUAAAAUAUAGAUUUAUGAGAAAUAAGGAAUGAAUAUCCAGAGGCCUCUAGUUAAAGGAAACUGGGUUGGUAGUGACGUAGAGAACUGAGCCAUCUAGUCUGAACGAAGACUACCUGUAUAAUUAUUCUAGUGGGAUUUAGUUAGGAUUUUAUUGAUAUGUACAAUUGAUUUCUACAUUAAAACGCCUUGUCUUUUUAACUAACA